AACAUAUAAAAGAGAUGUCUAACAAAAUUUUGAAGUUAAAUACUGGUGCUUCUUUUCCUGCUCUUGGUUUAGGUACAUGGCAAUCUAAACCUGAAGAAGUUUAUGAUGCUGUUCUAACUGCUCUUAAAACCGGUUAUCGCCAUAUUGACACUGCAUAUGUUUAUGGUAAUGAAAAAGAAGUCGGUAAAGCUAUUCGAGACUCUGGCAUUGCUCGUUCAGAAAUUUUUGUUACUACCAAAUUAUGGAACACUUUCCAUCGUCCUGAAGAUGUUGAAAGGGGACUUGAAAACUCACUUUCAAACCUUGGAUUAGAUUAUAUUGAUUUAUAUCUAAUGCAUUGGCCUUGUGCCUUCAAAGCUGGAAAUGGAUAUGUGUCCAGGGAUGAAGAUGGCAAUGUUCUUUUGGAUGAUAUUGAUUUUACCGAAACCUAUGCUGCCAUGGAAAAACUUGAUAAAAAUAAGGUUCGUGCAAUCGGUGUCAGUAACUUUAAUAUUGCCAAACUUGAAAAAUUAGCAAAGACUCAGCACACUGUUCCAGCUGUUAAUCAGGUUGAAUUGCAUCCUCUUUUGCCUCAAGAUGAAUUAGUUCAAUACUGUGAAGAACAUAACAUUAUUGUUACUGCUUAUUCUCCUCUUGGUAGUACCAACUCUCCCUUGUUCAAACAUGAAGUAGUUACUAAAAUUGCCGAAAAAUACAAUGUUUCUACUGCUCAAAUUCUUAUUUCCUGGGGCCUUAAACGUAAUUAUAGUGUAAUUCCUAAAUCCGUAACAGCUUCUCGUAUUGUCUCCAACUUUCAUACUGUUGAUCUUAAAGAAGAAGAUUUUAAAGCUUUGAGUAAAGUGGCAAAAGAAGAAAAAGUUCAAAGAUUUGCUGAUCCAUAUGCAUUUUGGAAAAUUGAUGUAUUUGAAGAACACUAAAUAAAACUAGAUGUUUUGUUACUUUAUACAAGAUCUCUUCACGCCUUUUUUAUUAUUAUUAUUAUCGGAAAAUAAGAUGUUCCGUUAUAAAAGAUUUAAUCCGUUACAAUCUAAACAUUUUAUAUAUGAAAUGAAAUUUUAUUUAAUACACAAUUACCAAAGCAACCUGUGUUAUUUACUUGUAUUUUAAGCUUAUUUAAUACAAUUUAUAAAAAGC